UGCUAUCUAACGUAAGUCCAAGGAAUCUAUAUGUGUCUAUAUGUGGUUUUUCAUACAUAUACAUCAACAUUUACAUGUCUAAUUAUAAUAUGAAAGUUACUUUAAUAAGGGAAAGCCGCAAGAACACUUAGAUUGUGCUUGGGCGACGAUCCAGCCAACUUUUAAAGUCAGUCUCUAUUUUCACUUAACAGCUUAAAAUAAGCACUCAUAUGGGUACAUAUCGUAGCUAGGUUUACACUGAUUUGUCUAGCUAAUGAAAAUGUCGGCUCUUGUGUUUAUACAAUCUGUGGUCGAGGUGGGCGGAUUGAAAAAAUUACAGACGUGGGAAAGGAGAACAAAGAAACAGAGCAAGCGCAGCAUUGUUUUUUUUCAUCUGUGAAGUAUCACGGUACACGUGAAGAUUUAAUGCAAAAAUAAGUUCAAAUUAGCUAUUCAGAUGUAUUUUCUUGUCUAUAAGCUAAAAUAAAUAAAGUAUAUUUUUUAUCAUGAUGUCAUCAUGUAAUAAUUGAUAUAUUAUUAUUGCCCCAAUAAGUCCAUUAAAAUGCUCCAAUUAAUUCAGAACGCUGCAGCACGAGUACUGACAGGAACAAGAAAAAGAGAUCACAUCUCUCCUGUACUAGCUUCUCUGCAUUGGCUCCCUGUAAAAUGUAGAAUAGAAUUUAAAAUCCUCCUCCUCACCUAUAAAGCUCUUCAUGGUCAGGCCCCUUCAUAUCUUAAAGAGCUCAUAGUACCCUAUUACCCCACUAGAACACUACGUUCUCUGAAUGCUGGGCUACUUGUGGUUCCUAUAGUCUCUAAAAGUAGAACAGGAGCCAGAGCCUUCAGUUACCAAGCUCCUCUCCUGUGGAACCAGCUUCCAGUUGUGGUUCGGGAGGCAGACACCCUCACCACAUUCAAGAGUAGGCUUAAGACAUUCCUCUUUGAUAAAGCUUAUAGUUAGGGCUGGAUCAGGUGAGUCCUGAACCAUCCCUUAGUUAUGCUGCUAUAGGCCUAGACUACCGGGGGAUUUCCCAUGGUGCACUGAGCUCCUCCCUUUCUCUCUCUUUCUGCACUCAUUCAUGUUGCAUUAAUGCAUGUUACUAACUUCACUUCUUCCCCGGAGUUCUUGUGCUUUCUCGUCUUGCAGGUUCUUAUCGAUCCUGGUGGAGCCUCCUGCCAUGGUCCUGCUAGAUUGCCAUUGCCAAUACUGUUGUUGCUGUGCGUCUGUCUGUCUGUCUGUCUGUCUGUCUCUCUCUCUCUCUCUCUCUCUCACCCCAACUGGUCGAGACAGACAACCACCCACCUAGAGCCGAAGGAUCUGUCCUAGGUUUCUGCCUUUUAACAGGCAGUUUUUCUUUGCCCUUGUCGCCAAGUGCUUGCUCAUGGUGGUACUGUUGGGUCUCUGUAAUUAAUGUUUUAAAGAGUUCGGUCUAGACCUGCUCUAUUUGAAAAGUGUCCUGAGAUAACUUCUGUUAUGAAUUGGCGCUAUACAAAUAAAACUGAAUUGAAUUGAAUUGAAUUGAAUUGAAUGGCAAAGUCCAUCGAACAGAAACUAACAUUCAUACACACUCACACUAACCCAUCGAACCCACAACCUUCCGAUUUAGGAACGACCUGCUUUGCCUCUGAGCCACAGCCGAGUGUGAGUGAGUAAGAGAGAGGGAAGGAGGGAGGGGUGUGAGAGAUGUGUUGAAAGCCAGUAGAGGCUCUUAUGAUAGAAAAUAUUGGUUAUAUAGAUACACCUCCAAUAUAAUUGGUAAGGUUAUGUAUAAAAAUAGUAUUGUUGAAACUCAAUUUUGCUCUUAUGUUUCUGUCUGAGAACAGAGACAACAGCGAGAGAGACAACAGUGAGAAAGACGAGAGAGAGAGACGAGACAAGAGACAGAGAGAGACGAGAGAAGACAGAGAGAGACAGAGACGAAAGAGAAGACAGAGACAAGAGAAGACAGAGAAAGACACGAGAGAAGAGAGAGACACGAGAGAGGACAGAGAGAGAAGAGAGAGAGAGAAAACAUUUCCCAAAUAUACCCCAAAUUCGAAUUAUCAGACACACAGAAACUCCCCUAUUUACUAUUUAGAAAUGCCAAAAAGUCAAAUUAUUGCAGUAAAAUAUGUCUCCUCAUGCCACGAACUGAGGACAACCAGUGGAAACUCAGAUAAAUGUAUACAAUAAUUGAUUGUUUUAUUGUUGUUUUCUUUUUUUUGUUGUUUUUUAAUAUAUAUAUGUAUAUAUACAUAUAUACACACACACACGUUUACGGUUUUAUCUGUCUAUUUUAUUUUAAUUUUAAUAUAUGUUAAUAUUAUAUAUAUUAUAUAUUACAUUUAAUAAUUUGUUAUUACUGUUAUAUUGACAACAGACUACUUGUUUUAACUGCAGCCUGUUACUUUACUACUGUUUUAAUGACAUUUUUAGUUAACACAAACUGAUUGAUUGAUAGUUGCAGUAUUACCAACAGUAUAGAUUAUAAUUAAUUUAUUGUGAAUAUUGUUUUCCUUUAUUGUUACUUAUUAUUUUUUAUUCCAAACGCUUGCUUUGGCAAUAUGUACAGUGUUACGUCAUGCCAAUAAAGCCAUUUGAAUUGAACUGAGAGAAGACAGAGACACGAGAGAGAGACACAAGAGAAGACAGAGAGAAGAGACAGAGAAGACAGAGAGAAGACAGAGAGAGAGACACGAGAGAAGAGACCGAGAAGACAGAGAGAGACAUGAGAGAAGACAUAGAGACGAGAGAAGAGAGGGACACGAGAGAAGACAGAGAGAAGAGACAGAGAAGACAGAGAGAAGAGACAGAGAGACACGAGAGAAGACAGAGAGAGAAGAGAGAAACACGGAGAGAGAGAGAGAGAGAGAGAGAGAGAGAGAGAAAAUAAAUUGAAUACGGGAAAGAAACGACAAAAACACAAAGUAAAUUACAACGUUAUCUGACCCUAAAAAGAGAAUUCAAACUGGCAAAUUACCUGAACACAAUAAAAUGUCCUAAAUUAAGAAAAAUGUUUCCUCUAGGAUUUUUUGUAGCAGUGGGGCCAGGCCCGUCCAAAUAUAUUUAUUGUAAAUAUUGUUUUCCUUUAUUGUUACUAUUAUUAUUAUUUUUAAUUCCAAACGCUUGCUUUGGCAAUAUGCACAGUGUUACAUCAUGCCAAUAAAGCCAUUUGAAUUGAAUUGAAUUGAAUUGAGAGAGACGUGAGAGAGAUGAGAGAGACGUAAGGUAGGCAAGGGGUGUGGGUCUGUGUGAGAGAGAGAUUUGCUUUUAUUCCUUUACAGGUGCAUCAAGAUGGUUAAAAAAAGGUGGAUUUUCUGCUUUGGUUUAAGGCAGCUGCCGCAGAGGGAGAGGAAGAAGAGGAAGUGGACCCCAGAGGCCAUGGGACAGGUUCAGUCUUUUGCAACGGCCAUAUUCAAACAGCGCCACCCUGACGAGAGAAGGGGGAAGUUGGGCCAGACGUGGCUCAACUUCCGUAGGAGGAAAGGCCAUUGCUUCACUUCUCGGACCUCAGACAUUAUUGAUCGUGGGAGGGCAUCCUGUGCAAAGAGGGGGCCGAUUGAAGACUAUUUUAAACUCCUGACUACCACCCUGGUGGAGCACGGGUUCAGGGAGAAACCCCACCAAAUUUACAACUGUGAUGAGACGGGGUUUCAGCUGGACUCGUCGAGAAGAAAGGUCAUCGUGCCCCGGGGGACAAAACACGCUUAUAGGCAGGCCCAACGCGGCUGGGGAGAAUGUCCCCCGUUUCAUCAUAUACAAGGGGGGAUAUCCAGGGGGGCCCUACAACAAGGAGGGGGUCCCCGACGGCCUCUACGGGAAGUCACCGGCAGGGUACAUGGUGAGCUGUUAAGGAAGUGGUUUGUCGGGCAUUUCCUGAAGUUCGCCGCGCAGGAGCGCCCGCUGCUUGUUUUGGAUGGACACAAAUCCCACCUGGAUCCAGAGCUGGUCCGGGUGGUGCAGAGGGAGGAGGUCAAUCUCCUGUGCCUUCCACCACACACUUCUCACAUCUUGCAGCCUCUGGAUAUGAGUUUCUUUGGGCCCUUGAAGGCAGAUUUCUCUGGUAUUACAGGAGAUCUGUCCUUCUUGGUUUCCAAGGUGAAGGAUUGUGGAGUGGUGGUGGCUGGGUUCAGGAGGUGUGGCCUCUACCCUCUGGACCCGGAAGCCAUUGACUGGUCAUGUGUCAUGCCACCCGGGCAGCGGCGUGGGACCUCCUCACCACAUCCGCCAAACCCAUCAGCAUCUUCCUGGGCCAUGCCUGAUGUUACCCACCCAUCCCCACCUGCCAUAACCCCCACACCCCAGAGUCCAUCCCUUGUCCCUCAACCUCCCAAUCCCUAUCAUACCCAUCCUCUGGUAACAUCAGGCAAGAUUACAGUAGACCUGGCCCACCUCCUGACCGAGGUCCACUAUAACACCGGCAAGGUCAGGAGGAACACCACCAAGGCCAGGUUACUGACAGCUCAGGAGAUGUCUGAUGCCAUCGAGGAGGCGGACCGUGCUGCAAGGCGGGAGGCCCAAGCUCUGGCCAGAGAGCAGCAGCAGGCCAAAAACAACGGCCCGACAGCCACUUCCUCUACCCUGCCUGGUGGCUCCCGCCCCCAGCCGCAGAAGAACAGCCUCAGCCUCCAGCUCCAGCCUUUCCACAUCCCCACCAAGCCUGCCUGCUCCUGGUUGUCAAAUGGAUGAGCCAUCAACAACGGCAUUCGGCCUCCGAGGUUCCAGAUUUUCUUCCUCUCUCUCCCAAUCCUGCAGACAGACAGCUGCGCCAUUGUCCAGCUCCUCCUCCCCAUCUGCUGGACCCACGACAUCCACUGAUGGAUAGACAAGUCUAAAAGUGCAGUAUGGAAGUAUUACACUCAACCAACACCAGGGAAGGCAGUCUGUAAUACCUGCAAUGAAGGUGUCAGCAUGGGAGCAACAACAGGGAAAAACAAAAAUACUUCUGUGGUCCCAUCUUAGGAUUCAUCACCCUGAGUUGUAUGAAACAGCACAGAAGAAAAGGGAAUCUGAAUCUCAUCAGGAUGAGGCAACUUCAUCUCAGCCAACAAUAGAGGACAUGUUUCAGAAACAAAGAAAGUGGACAAACUCAGAUGACAGGUCGAAACUAAUGGACAAACUAGUCAUAGAGAUGAUAGUCACUGACAACCAACCGUUCACGGUGGUGUCUGAUGUUGGCUUUAAGCGCCUCAUGGCUGCAGCAGAGCCACGAUAUUCACUGAAAAGUGACAAGUAUUACCGAACUAAGAAGCUGCAAGAAGUUCACCACAAGAUUGUGGACAAGAUCAAAGCCCUGAUUCAACCAAAGAAUGCUGACUACUCUCUCUCCUUCACCACAGACUGCUGGUCUGGUGUGACAGAGUCUCUCAUGAGCCUGACAUGCCAUUUCAUUGACGCUGAAUGGACAAGAAAGCAGGUCACCUUAAAUACAAGAGCGAUGCAUGGGUGGUACCUGAAAGAGACAUUCCUCAAUAUGCUUGAGGACUGGAAGAUAAGCAAAGACCGUGUAGCACUAGUGCUUCGAGACAGAGGAGCAAAUGUUGUGAAGGGAAUGAGGCUCGCUGAACUCCCAGACCUCAGCUGCACGGCGCACACCUUGCAACUUGUGGUGAAUGACGGUCUGGCCGUCACAGAUGUCAUUGCAAUACUUAAGAAGUGUGCAACACAUUUCCACCACUCCAUUCUGGCCAAACAGCGUUUGCGAUACAUUCAGAGGGAACUUGGCCUGCCAGAGCACAACAAAAUCCAGGCUGUUCCAACGAGGUGGGACUCAACGCUCCACAUGCUUCAAAGAAUGCUGGAGCAAAAGCGUGCACUUACCAUCUACUGUGGUUAACAUGGAGGAUUUACAGGUCCCACUGCUCACCAGUGGGACCUUGUGUCCAAUAUAAUUGAAGCUCUUCUCCCAAUAGAGGAAGUGACACUUCAGGUGAGCCACAGCAACUCAUCAGCAUCCUGCAUCAUUCCAUGCCUGACUGUGCUGAAGAUGCUUCUUAAGAUGAUGAGAGGCCCUCCACAAAAGGCAUCAGAACGCUCAGGCAAGCCAUGAGGGAGAGCCUCGACAAGCGUUUCUCAAAAGUAGAAGACACAAAAACUGUGGUGCUGGCCUGUCUCUAAGAUCCUCGUUAUAAGAGUCAUGCAUUCUCCUCUGACACGACACUGAGCAAGGCCAACGGAUGGUUGAAAGAGGAAGAGGAUGCUGCCACACAACAGACCACUCGAGAGGAGCAUGCUGCCACAGAAGGAGCCAGUAUGGAGGAGCAGGCAGCUGCAUAUGGGACACAUGAGAAUGACGGAAACACCCACAAAAGGCAACAGAGAGAACACACAUCCUUCCGCAGCCAUGUUGAUGAGAUGUUCAGUUCUCUGCUGGCACCUCACACUGGUGACCUGCUGGCCAGUAGCUGCGUUGAGGAUGAGCUACAUCUGUACCUCAAGGAGCCAGUGAUCAACAGGCGUAAAGGGGACCCACUCCAGUGGUGGAGACAGAAUGAAGGGCGCUUCAAGCUACUUGCGAAACAAGCAAGAAAGUUUCUUUAUGUACCACCCUCAUCAGUCCCAAGUGACCGCGUCUUCACUGAAGUCUCUGCAAUUUAUGAGAGCAAGAGAAGCCGUCUCACUGGAGAGCACGCUGAACAACUCUGCUUUUUGCACCACAAUCUGGUGCUGCUCAAUUGGGACUACUAAUUGAUUUUAGACUCACAUUUCUGUGCAAACUUUAUUUAACACUGUUUUAUUUACUUUAUAAAACUUCAGGGAACUAUUUAUUUAUUUAAAUUUUCAGUUAACUUAUAAGGUCACCAGCAUAUAAGAGAUGCUGCUGACCCUGGGAACACCCUGCACUUUUUGUUUUUGUUUGCACUUAAAACAAAGAUAAGUGAAAGAUUAACAUUUCAGUUAUAUUGAAAUUUUGGAAAACUAUUUACUGUAGAAAAUUUUAGGGAGCUAUUUAUUUGUUAAAAUGUUCAUUUAACUUUAUAAGACACGGUGCUGAGCCUGGGAGCUCCCUGCACUUUUUGUUAGAAUUUUAAAACAAAGAUGUCUAUUGUCUAAGAUAAAAACAAAACCUUUAACAUGUUGCAAAUCUGAUAAGCUGUUUAAUAAACAUAUGCUUAAAGGCAUUUAAACGAA